AUGGGACUGUUCGGCCAGCUAUACCCUUACCCACCAGAAUUAGCGCCGACAACUUCGGCGAUGCCACAUACACACGAUGCGAACGCCACUUCUACUCUUUCAAAUAACACUGAUGGCAAGGCCAGGAGACCCGUGCCAGUGGGUGCCAUAGUGGGUGCUAUCAUUGGCGUUGUUCUACUGGUUAUACUAGUUAUUAUAGCCACUGUUCUCAUUGCCCGACGAAAGAGACGUCAGGCAAGGGUCAAUAACAUGAAGACUACCACGGGCGCAGGAGGUGGAGAUGAUGGCAUCUUACCAUCUAUGCCUGAAGCCGAGCAACGUCGUCGUCUCCAGCUGUCAACGAUCCCCGAACAGGCAAGUCCGAUUUCCCCAGCUGUGCCAUCGGCAGGGAUGUCCCGGUUUAAGUCGACGCGCCGCAGCUACGGACCAGAGUGGCCCAUGGGAUCCACAGACCCGCUUGAGUCACAUCCGGUGCCCACGGACCCGGAGAAGCGGGCCAGCCCGGAACCUAUCCGCACGGGGCCGACGGUGCCCACUCUUCAGCUACCAGCGGUGCCAGCGACGCGGGUUACACCCGCGCCACCGCCAACGUCGCCGAGCACUAUCCUGGCAUCGGAAGAGAUCUCGCCCAGUACGCCGCACGCAGCUCCGGUAAUGUUGCAGAGCCCUCGGCUGAGCUACCAUCCCGUCUCGCCUAUCGACGCGGCGUUCAGCGACGAGGUGGAGAAGCGGGUUAGCCGGCUCGACGGAGCAGCGCCGGCGGCGCCAGAGGCGCACUCACAGCCUCCGUCACGCGCCAGGAGCCUCCUGCCAGAAGCGGAGGAGGUCUCGCCAAUCGACGAGGAUGAGCACGCGGUGGAUAACAGGCUCAGCCUUAUAUCAGUGCCCAGUAUGCACGAUCGAAGUCCCGCUCUAGAUGAGAUCGUCAGCCCUGUGUCGCUUGAGGAGGACGACAGUGACUUGGCGCCUCAGGCUCCGGAAGAGAGUGGGACCGUCAGCCCUGUGACGGUAAGUCCCAUCGAGAGUCGCAGAAGUAGUACGAAAGACUAG